GAUGGCCUAUAACAAAACAACAAAUAGUUCCUGUCCAUAGGCUAAUAAACAUAUUCACCAUGUUGAGAAACAUAGCCAAGAGGUGGAGGGAGCUCAAUGGCAAGGAUAACUGGAAGGACCUCUUGGAUCCCCUAGACAUCGACCUCCGCCGGAACAUCCUCCUCUACGGCGAGAUGGCAGAGGCGACCUACGACGCAUUCAUCACCGAGAAGAAAUCCCGGUAUGCCGGCGACUGUCGGUAUGCCCGGAGGGACUUCUUCGACAAGGUGGCGAUAUCGACCGGCCAGCAUUCUUUGUAUCGGGUGACGAAGUUUUUCUAUGCGACUUCGAGCAUCGACGUCCCCGAUGCGUUCUUGAUAAGGUCAUUGUCGAGGGAGGCGUGGAGCAAGGAGUCGAACUGGAUGGGAUACGUCGCGGUGGCCACCGACGAGGGGAAGAAGGUGCUGGGCCGGAGGGACGUGGUGGUGGCUUGGAGGGGGACGGUGCAGGCGCUGGAGUGGAUCAACGAUCUUGACUUCACGUUGGUUUCGGCUUCUGGGAUACUGGGCAAGGGGUAUUCAGGUGAUCCGCAGGUGCACAGAGGCUGGUUGUCCAUCUACACCUCCGACGAUCCCAGGUCGCCGUAUAAUAAGGAUAGUGCGAGGAACCAGGUUCUGAGGGAGAUUGGAAGGCUGAUGGACGAGUACAACAAGGAGGAGACCAGCAUCACCGUAACUGGCCACAGUCUGGGCGCUGCACUCGCCACUCUCAAUGCUGCAGAUAUCGCUUCCAAUGGCCUUAACAAAUCCAACGCUCGUCCAAAUAAGAGCUCCCCGGUCGCUGCCUUUGUCUUCGCCAGCCCUCGAGUUGGAGACUCCGACUUCCGGGAGGCCUUCUCCAAUAUCCCAGAGCUGAGACUGCUCCGAAUUCGCAACGUCCCCGACCUAGUCCCGAACUAUCCCCUCUUGGGCUACGAUGAUAUAGGCGUCGAGCUCACGAUAGACACUCGAAAGUCCCAGUACUUGAAGAGCCCCGGAAACUUGUCCUCAUGGCACAACUUGGAGGCGUAUCUCCAUGGGGUCGCCGGAACGAAUGGGGGCAAGGGCAGGUUCAAGUUGGAGGUUGACCGCGACGUGGCUUUGGUGAACAAGGGCUUGGAUGCAUUGAAGGAUGAGUACCUGGUCCCAGCUUCGUGGUGGGUGGAGAAGAACAAGGGCAUGGUGAAGGGUGCUGAUGGGCAUUGGAGGUUGAUGGACCAUGAGGAGGACAGUGUACGUGACGGUUAGGACUUCAAACCCAAGGGUGAUACAUGUAUAUACGAUGCCACUAACCAAGAUGUUGAAAACAGAGAACCAAAUGAAUUAAUAAUAAUGUGCAUGUCAGGCCUAUCCCAUUUUCUUAAUAGUCGUAAGACUCAUGGCAUUACAGAGUUCAUGAAGCCAUUUCAAAUUUGUUUUUCAUUAUUGGUUUUUAAUUCACUGGAUUAUUUGUCUUUGUGAACUUCGUCAAGCCCCAAUUAUAAAUAAUAAUUAAUGGUUACUGUA